AAGUUGUCAUUGGACUCAUGCAUUAUAAAAGAAUAUAUGUUUUCACCUAGACUACAUGUAACUCAAGACACUUCAGAAGCUCAGAUACUCAUAAAACUGCAAAAAUUUCAAAACAUUUCCCAAUGGCUGAGAACUACACAACAAAAAGAAAUGGCGAAAUAAGUGUUCAAGAUGCACAAGUGGCUGUGGUUAUGGUGCCACUUUCAGCACAAGGCCAUCUCAACCAGCUUCUCCACCUCUCGAGGCUCAUCACCUCAUAUAAUAUUCCAGUCCAUUAUGUUGGAGCAACCACUCAUAUUCGCCAGGCUAAGUUUCGUGUCCAUGGUUUCAACCCUGUCACAGCUAAAAACCUAUAUUUUCACGAAUUCCCUACACCACCUUUUGAAAAUCCCCCUCCAAAUCCUAAUGCUUCAAAUAAAUUUCCUAACCAAUUAAUCCCUUCAUUUUAUGCAACGAUCCAUCUCCGUGAGCCAGUUUGCUCUCUUGUACGCCAACUACUAGGCGCCAAUCAUCGGAGAGUGAUUGUUAUUUAUGAUUCUAUGAUGACUUGGGUGGUAGAGGAUGUACCAGCAAUUCCAAAUGCUGAGUGCUACCGUUUUAAUAGUAUCUCAGCUUUCCAUACGUUUUCAUGCAUCUGGGAAUCCAGAGGAAAACCUUUACAAGCUGGAACUGAAAUAUUUGAGGACAUUUCAUCAAACAAAAACUGUGCUACCCCAGAGUUAUGGGAAUUAUGGAGUAAACAAAAAUCCCUUGAAGGGAAAAUUAGCUCUGGAGAACUUUUCAAUUCAUCCAGAGUAAUAGAAGGUUUAUACCUUGAUUUAGUAGCUAAAGAAAUUAAUGGCUUAAACCUAUGGGCUUUUGGUCCAUUCAAUCCGUUGUUGCUGACUGAGCAGAACAACGAUUCAAAUAAACGUCACAAAACCUUGGAUUGGCUUAACAAACAAGAACCUGACUCGGUGAUAUAUGUGUCUUUUGGAACAUCUACUUCUCUGUCGAAUCAAGAAAUUGAACAACUCGCCAUUGGGUUAGAGAAAAGCCUGCAAAAGUUCAUUUGGGUUCUCAGAGAUGCUGACAAAGGAGAUGUUUUUGCAGGUGAAGAAAGGAGAGCUCGGCUGCCGGAAGGUUAUGAAGAAAGAAUAAAAGGAAGAGGAAUUAUUGUAAGAGAUUGGGCACCUCAGUUGGAAAUUUUGGCACAUCCUUUCACAGGUGGUUUUAUGAGUCAUUGCGGAUGGAAUUCGUGCAUGGAAAGCAUUUCCAUGGGAGUUCCUAUAGCAGCCUGGCCAAUGCAUUCAGAUCAACCAAGGAAUUCUCAGCUGGUAACAAAGUUCCUGAAAAUUGGCCUAAAUUUGAGACAUGGGGCACGUAAGGAUGAAUUGGUUACAUCAGAAAUAGUUGAAGAUGCUGUGAGAACUUUGAUGGCUUCACCUGAGGGAGGUGAGAUGAGGAAGAGAGCAUCAGAAUUAAGUGUUGCUGUCAAACAAUCAGUCAUGGAUGGGGAAGGUAAUGGUACAGAGAUGGAUUCUUUUAUCACACACAUCACUCGAUAACUUCUCAUUUGUAUUGAACAAUUGGUUGCACACUACCAUCUAGUUAACAUAAGUGAUGCAACCUAUGACACUGUAUGAUGCUCUAUCACCAUCGAAGUGGGUUCAGUGUCCACCCUACUGGCACCCCUUUAUGCACAUCACGGCAUGUAUGUUGAGGAUAAAAACCUUUCCUUUAUGAGUUCUUUGUAUUUUCUAAUAUAAAAGUGGAUGUCCUCCCAGAUAAAUAAAAUAUUGGAUGCUGUUUGAGUAUUCUUACAAGAACUUUUUGCUUGUGACCUGAAU